AUGAUCUACUUGUCUAGUUUGGAUGAAUCGAUAGUGAAUCCGAGCGUGAUAUUGGAGCAGUAUGCGAUCGCUCGAGUGUGUUUGAGUGCUGGCUUGGCCGUGAAGGGCGUCCUGUUUGAGCUUCGCGAUGGUUCUCGCCGAGGGUGCCUGUUGAGUGGGAGUGGCGAAAAGCUUCCCAUUGACGAGAUCAGCGACGAUUACAUAUUGUGGCAAGACGUGGAACACCCCCUGGGAUACAUCAAACGCGUCUCGGGCCAUUGUUGUUGUCCCGGGUACGAUCACGAUGCAUCCUCGCAAUUUCUCUGCUACUCGAUUCAGCUGGAUUUUGCUUCCGGACAAACGAUGCGAGUCCAAGGGCGCAACGCUCAUUGGAAGGGAGAAGAAUUUAGUACGGCCACGACACGGUUUGCCCCGUAUUACUGUCUCAAUGAAAUAGUACUCGAGGAUGGCAUGUGUCUGGGAUACAAGGGAGCCAUGACGGCGGGAGAAAUACCACUGGAUGAUGUUCUCACUGGUGUCAAUGAAGAUAUUCGAAAAACCUUGAUGAAACAACGAGAACAACCGGAAGAACAGCAACAAGAAGAUGAAUUUGAAUCCUCCGAAAGCGAACAAGAAACAUCGCAGUUCUUUCGAAAUUCUCCUGCUCCUCCACCACCAUUACGACGGAGACGAAGGUCAUCAGCUUCGCAAGUCAAACCACCACCAUCACAACGUGUCAAUCAUUUCGUGGGGGAAAGUUAUCGCUACAAUCACCACAUUCCUAAUAUUACUGCAGAAGCAAUGGAACAGAGUGCCGCACCUUCCAAAGAUCGCUUGUCGUCGUGGGAAACCGAAUCCAUUCAGGCCAAUAUCCCGUGGAUUCCAGAACCACUGCAAGUUCGGAUAAGGCCACCACCUACCAACAUAAACAAGUGCAUGAUGAAAGCCAUUUGCCUCGCCGAUCGCAUGUAUCAAAUCAACGGUGCCGUGGUGCAGUUCCACGAUGAUCAUUUGGAAGGGCCCUUUGUGUUGGCAUCCUCGGCGGGAUCCCUACCAUUAUCAUCCUUGACAUCCUCCAGCAAAACAAGCAACAGCAACAAAAAGUCGACCAAACUGGAUCUGAAACAACAUUAUCGAGAACGAUCCGACUAUUAUCACAAGAUUCAUCAACCUGGCGGUUAUUUGGUCAAAAUCGCCGGAUACCAACAAAAGCAAUCGACAUUGUCCAACAAUACAACUCCGAGUGGGCUCUACGGAAACAACAGCAGCGCAGGGUCGUCACUGCUCCUCCAAGAUCCAUCCUUUCAUUCCCUUCGAUUGGAAUUUGCGUCGGGACAAGUGAUCGAGACACGGCCCAGCAACACCCAGUGGCAAGGGGACUUUUUCUCCUACACCAUUCCCAAUGUCGACAACUUUUACGUCAACAAAUUCUACUUUUGCAAGGGACGACUGCUGGGAGUGGCGGGGAUACAAACCAGUUGGCAUUUGGUCAUUCGGGGCAAUGAAUUUCAAUCAUCCGCGGAACAAUCGACAUGUUGCGGUUGUCUAGGUGGUGGUGGUGGUGGUGGUGGUGGUGGGUGA